CUUACCCCCACAACUUCAGCCAAUAAGGGGCUUCAAAAUAUCAAAUAUCAUUAUAACACAAGGACUUAUUCUCUGACCAAAGUUGACAGAACCUUACAGCCAAUCGCCACCACCAGAGAGCCUACUUCUUUCAGCUUUUCAGAGGUUUACAUCCACUGUGAACAUGUCUGACACCGAAGCCGAUAACCUAGAAGAAAAGCCAAAGCCAAAACCUACUGCUCCUAAGAUCCCUGAUGGAGAGAAGGUGGACUUUGAUGACAUCCAUAAGAAGAGACAGAACAAGGACCUGGUUGAGCUGCAGGGACUGAUCGACGCUCACUUUGUGGGCAGGAAGAAGGAGGAGGAGGAGCUCCUUGCUCUCAUGGCCAGAAUUGAGAAACGUAGGACUGAGAGGGCUGAACAGCAGAGAAUCCGCGCUGAAAAAGACAAGGAGCGCCAAGCGAAACGUGAGGCUGAGAGGCUGAAGAGGGAGGAAGCGGAUGCCAAUAAGAGAGCUGAGGAAGAUGCUAAGAAGAAGUCUGCUCUGUCCAACAUGGGCUCCAGCUACAGCAGCCAUCUGCAGAAGGCUGACUCGAAGAGAGGUGGUGGUAAGAAGCAGACUGAGAGAGAAAAGAAGAAGAAGAUUCUUUCAGACAGACGCAAAGCGAUCAACAUCGAUCAUCUGAAUGAAGAAAAGCUCAAGGAAAAGGCUAAAGAGCUGUGGGACUGGAUGUAUCUUCUUGAGGCUGAGAAAUUUGAUCACCUUGAGAAACUGAAAAGGCAGAAGUAUGAGGUUGUAUCCCUCAGAAAUCGCAUUGAUGAGCUGCAGAAGCACAGCAAGAAGGGAGCCGCCACCCGCCGCAGAAAGUAGACUACACAUUCAAGAGGCCACAGAAACAGCCCUGGAGCGACAAAACCUUCAAUACCGUCUGUCCAUUACAGCUCCUCAGACACCAUAUAGACCUACAUCAAUUGCACAAAAACGACAACAUCUUGACGUGUCACUGCCUGUUUCGCGUUAUGUGGAAUUAUGUUGUCAUGAAGUCAGUCAGUUUCUUUAUUGUGUUCAUAAAGACCUGACUAGGCCUAUAGGUUUUUAUGACUUUUUUUGUAAAUAAAGGGUGAAGCCUC